AUGAUUACACCAUCAUCUCAUAUUUCUACAUACUUUUCACAUUCAGAACGAAUGUUCCCAGUGAUUGAAAAUGGUAAAAUACCAACUGAACAGUUUCUGAAGGCUUGUCAAGGUAUUGCUGAUUUUGUAGGCUUCUUAGGAACGACAUUCAUUCCAGUCAAAAAUGAUAUUAGCACUAAUAUUAUCAAAGUUAAAACGAAAUAUGAAAUAGACAAAGAGAAAUGCAAGUUCGUUGAAGAUUUGGUAGAUGAUGAUCUUGAGAAUAAUAACGGAAAGAUGGAAAGAGCCACAGAAGGACUACUUUGGCUAAAAAGAGGCUUGGAAUUCAUACUUGAAUUUUUGACGGAGAUGGUACGGGUGUACCGCUCUUCAUUGGAUAAAAGUCAGACAGAAAGUCUAACAGGUUGUAUUUGCAAUGCUUACAACAAUACACUGAAAAGGCAUCAUGGAUUCAUAUCAAAGCAGUUAUUUAAGGUUGUAAUUUUGGCUGCCCCUUCUCGAAGCACCAUUCUCAAAAUGCUAGCUGAAGGUAGAGAGGAUGUGAAUGAUAUAUGCAUUGACCAUAUCACUACACAUCUUGACAAUUUUAGGGCUAAUGUAGAGCAUAUUGUGCAGUAUUAUAUUAGCAAGAAAUUGGAUACUCCCAAUCCGUUACGAAUAAAUCGACAAUAA